UGGCCGCCGAACUGUUCACAGAGUCGCGAGGCCGGAAGAAUCGCGGCACCGCCUCACUCGCUCCAGCCGCCGCCAUGAAAGCCUUGGUGCAGCGCGUCACCCGGGCCAGCGUCACAGUUGGAGGAGAGCAGAUAAAUGCCAUUGGACGGGGCAUCUGUGUGUUGCUGGGUAUUUCUCUGGAAGAUACACAGAAGGAACUGGAGCACAUGGUCCGAAAGAUUUUAAACUUACGUGUAUUUGAGGAUGAGAAUGGGAAGCACUGGUCGAAGAGUGUGAUGGACAAACAGUAUGAGGUGCUGUGUGUCAGCCAGUUCACUCUCCAGUGCGUCCUCAAGGGCAACAAGCCUGAUUUCCACCUGGCAAUGCCCACGGAGCAGGCAGAGAGUUUCUACAACAGCUUCCUGGAGCAGCUGCGCAAGACAUACAGGCCGGAGCUCAUCAAAGAUGGCAAGUUUGGUGCGUACAUGCAAGUCCACAUUCAGAACGAUGGGCCUGUGACCAUAGAACUGGAAUCCCCAGCUCCUAGUGCUGCUACUUCUGACCCAAAGCAGCUGUCAAAGCUUGAAAAACAACAGCAGAGGAAAGAAAAGACCAGAGCCAAAGGGCCUUCUGAAUCAAGCAAAGAAAGAAAUGCUCCUCGUAAAGAAGAUCGCAGUGCCAGCAGUGGGGCUGAAGGUGAUGUGUCUUCUGAACGGGAACCAUAAACUUUGGGUUCAGAACUCAGUGCAUUAUCAUUGGGCAGAACUGGAUUCUGAAAAAUUCAUGAAAGAUGCUAAACACCUAUACUGCUUUAAGAAUUUGGAACUGAAUCAUGAAAAGGAAGACAGAAAUAAGAAAUUGGUAACCUGAGGAGCCCUGCAGAAAACACCAAAGGAGUGUUACCAUUUUCUGUUGUUGCUGUGGUCUGAUAGAAGAAGUGGGUGCUGCCAGUGCAGGGGAGUGUCCCCUGUGCUCAUGGCAGCAGGGAAUACACCUGUGCCUCCCCCACAGGAAGACUUUGUUGGCCCCUGUAAUGCCUUGGCUUACUUUUGGAACAGGCUGGUCCGAUAUCAUUUGUUAUUGAGUUCUUCUUUCACACUGUGGUUUAUUUCUGUGUGUCCAUGAUGGAUGGGUUUCAAAUGCAUUCAUGCUGUCCAUGUUCUUCCCAACACUGGCCAAGCCAGUGCCUGUGUAAAGAGAACAAUCAUCAAUGAUAAUGUAUUGUGUGAGACUUUUGCAUCUUGUAAAUUUUCUCUUUUUUCUAAAAAGAAAUAAUAAA